AUGUCGGACAGCAGCUUGUGGGUGACCCUUUACCAUACAGGCUUCUUAGCCCCUAGUUCUCUAGCGCUGUACCAGGUUAUGGCUGCUUCUUUGUUUAAAUCAGAUGCCAUCCCCACACUCAUAAUCCGUUGCUCGAUCAAAUCGCACCCCCCAUCUCCUUCCCACCUUUUUCCCUUCCCCAGAAACAAAACAAUACAACUUUCACCAUAG